UUUCCCUUUGUGACGUUCCUGGUCACCUUCUGGACCGCCCCUAUAAUCCUGGCCUCUUCCCUGCCCAGCUCCCGGGGUAGAAUUGUUUGCUCAACGAGUCCCGCUGCUUGCUUACCUGCCUCUGGAACCAUGGCCUUCGUCACUCGGCAGUUUGUGCGCUCCAUGGCUUCCUCUUCCUCGGCCACUGGCCCCGCGGCCACAGCCAAGAAGAUCCUCAUCAAGCACGUGACUGUGAUUGGAGCUGGGCUCAUGGGAGCGGGGAUAACGCAGGUUGCUGCAGCCACUGGACACACGGUUGUGUUAGUGGACCAGUCAGAAGAGAUCCUGGCCAAGUCCAAAAAAGGAAUCGAAGAAAGCCUCCGGAGAGUGGCCAAAAAGAAGUUUGCAGAGAAGCCUCAGGAUGGUGAUGAAUUUAUUAAGAAGACCAUGGGCAAUAUAUCAUUGACUACCGAUGCAGCUUCUGUGGUCCACAGCACUGACUUGGUGAUAGAAGCCAUCGUAGAGAACCUGAAAGUGAAAAAUGAGCUUUUCCAGACCCUGGAUAAAUUUGCAGCAGAACACACAAUCUUUGCCAGCAAUACUUCCUCUUUGCAAAUCACAAACAUAGCCAAUUCUACCACCAGGCAAGACCGAUUUGCAGGGCUCCAUUUCUUCAACCCUGUGCCCAUGAUGAAGCUGGUUGAGGUCAUCAAGACACCAAUGACCAGCCAGAAAACAUUCGAAUCUCUGUUAGACUUUUCCAAAGCUGUGGGAAAGAGUCCAGUAUCUUGCAAGGAUAACCCUGGAUUUAUUGUAAACCGUCUUCUUAUACCAUAUCUUAUAGAAGCAAUCAGAAUGUAUGAAAGAGGGGAUGCAUCGAAAGAAGAUAUUGAUAUAGCCAUGAAGUUGGGAGCUGGUUACCCCAUGGGUCCAUUUGAACUCCUGGACUAUGUUGGGUUAGAUACCACAAAGUUCAUCUUGGAUGGAUGGCAUAAAAUGGAUAUGAAAAACCCAUUAUUCCAGCCUUGCCAAAUACUUGGUAAACUGGUGGAAGACAAUAAGUUGGGCAAGAAGACAGGAGAAGGAUUUUACAAAUACAAGUGAUCCCUUCGAUCUCUGGAGUGGGAGGAAGUCUGUCAGCAGGUACCAGUUGGCCAUCUCAAGAGUCCGGUGGGAAUGCUGUUUGGUUAGAAGUUCCCUCACUCAGCCAAGCCUUAUCUCUGCAGUUUGAUCCUUACCUGUCUGAAGUUAAUUUUUUGCACUUAUUAUAUAAUAACAAAUUUCUCCAUUUGAGAACUAAUUUUUUUUUAGGCUGUUCCUUUCUAUUUUUCUAUAUGCUUUAUGCCCUUUGUGCCUUGGUUCAAGUGAUGCCUUGGAAUCUAUCCAUUUUCUUGCAAAAUCAUGUAAUUUAAAAAGAAAGCAACACCAAAAAGAAUGUCCUCUCCUUUGGGGGAGAGAGGGUAUGCAUGUACCAUUGGUAUCUUGUGUGCUGUUUUUUAAGAAAAGCAGUGCUCAUUCUCAUCCAGCAGGUGGCAUUGGGUACUUGACCUUUUAGGAGACCAUGUACAAUGACUUUGUAAAUGAUUUUACCUGCUCUUUAACUUCUCCAUGUUCCUAGCAUCCUUUCAGCCAAUCUGACUCAACAUUGAAGUUUAUUAAACACUAUUAUUAUUCAGAAGAAAGACAAUCUGGUGAGCUUCCAUUUAAUGGAGAAUUGGUAUUAUUUUAAGGGAUUGUCUAAUUAUUCAUUUUAUUCCUCCAACUCUUUUGGAAGUCACUGUACAGAUUGGAUUUAAUUAAAAUGGGUACUUGUUUUUGUUCUUCAAUUUCAUAAGCUCAAGUAAUAUUAAAAGCACAGUGUGGUACUUUAAGACAAACUUUCUGUGCUUGAAUUAAUUUCUUCCCUCCCCCCCCCCCCCCGAAUUAGCAUGAGGGGAGGGGUUUGCGGCAAAGGAAAUAAUCUUGGUCCAAAUUUUCGGAGGUUCCUUUUCCCCCUGUUAACGGUACAGUAUGAAAAGAAAUCUCUGACUAAGAUGUGGUCAUAAUGAUAUCAAUUUCUUGAGUUAAAGGAAUCUAGGCGUCUUUUAAUCAUUGUUUGAAAAGGUAUCUUCAAAGGUAGAGUCAUGAAGUGUCAGGAUUGGAAAGGACCUUAGACAUUGCCUAGCCCAAUCCUUCAUUUUAAGUGAUGUGACCAAGGUCACAUAUCUGAGCUGGGAAUUAAAUGUCCCUAGUGGUAAGGCGCAAGAUAGAAUACUGGGAUAAAACUGGAAGGAAAAAAACUCUCAAGGCUAGAGCUAGAAUUUUCCCCCCAAAAGCCCCUGUUGGGUUAUAUAUUGGGUUAAAACUUCAAUGCUAGAGAAAUGGGAGAAAGGAAAGGAACUUUUUUCUCUAUUCACACAUUAGCAAAAAAGAAAUUCUUUCAAAUAAAACUAAAAUGAGCAGUGCCUAUGUUUUUAUGCACACAUAUCAAUCUUAAUUAUAUAUGGGUAUAUAUAUAUAUAUAUAUAUAUAUCAUAUCAUAUCAUUUGAUGAAUGUGGACUCAGAAAGUCUAAAUAAAAAUCGAGGCUUCUCUGAACAUUUUUAUAAAAUGUUUCCUAAGAAAACAAAGGAAGCACCUGUAUAGCAGCUCCUAUUUCCAUUAAAUAAAGGUUAACCAUGUGGUCUAACAA